AUGAGUGUGGUCUCUGACAGAGUGGUGAGCCUUAUGUUCAUUGUGUCAUCGGAAUCGGUGAGUGGUGUGAGUGAGAGGUUGAUGUGUAUGUGUGCGGAGGUUCAGGACUCGAUGCCAGAGAACUACUGCAGGGCUUUUCCCUUCGCUUCUUGUGCUCUGAUGUUAAGGCAAAAAACAACCGAAAAAACAGAGCCAAUAGAUCAUAAACGUCUCCACAAGUCCUAUACGUCGACAUACCUACCGGUGCUUAGGGAGGAAAGCGGUGAAUAA